AAGAAGAAGAGGAAGGGGGGAAAAAGGUGGGUCGAGGGAAAAGGGUCGCGAUUCUGGGAAAGAAACGCGAGGGAGGAUUGGGAGGGAUCGAGAGGGGGUAUACGGUGGAGGGGCGAAGCCGGUACUCUUCUUCGCGUAUAUAUGCGGGCGAAGAAGAGCUACGUUACAGUUCACAGAGACAAAAGCGACAUAAGACUAGAUCGUAUCGAUAAGAGAGAGAGAGAGAGAGAGAGAGCUGAGUGGUCAGAGAGACAAGAUCGUGUCCUAUCCUUCGAAUAUCUGUGAACGAGUUUGUGAACAAGUGGAUAUAGAGGAAGAUAGGGCGCGUAUCGAGACUAAGAGGAUCGUGCAUUUUUUUUUUUUUUUUGGGGCUAAGAAAUUAUUUGGUAUUUUCCUCGAGGAAAAGAGAAUGGGUUUGUUCAUCACGUUGCUCGUGUUGUGCGCUCUAAACGUGAUUCUGAUGCCGAAUACGAUUUACGCCAGACCACCCUCCUUGCUUAGCAGGCAAAGGCGGGUAUCGGAUCAAAUUCUCGCCGAGAGAGAGACAGAUAUCGGAUUGGGCGAGGUGAAGGGGAUAAUAAAGGUGGUUCCAGUUGGAUUCGGUGCGUUUGAUCUACAGAGGAUAGGUCGCAGAAGAAGAUCCGCGAUUAAUAACAAACUUGAAACUUUGCAACGUAUCAUGCAAAUCAUUAAUAACAAUCCUGAAUUGCUCGACAAGGAUAAUAUUCUUUCGUCACCGGUGAAAUUAAAGGAGAGUCGACAAAGAGCGAGCGAAGAAUAUCCAUUUAUUUAAUUUCGAAACACGAAAAUCGUGCUGGAUCACAGGGCAAGCACGAAGAUAGGGUCGAGAGAACGACGUAUAAUGAAGAAAAAAAAGAAGA